CAACUCUAGUACUAGAGACAGGGACAUAGAGAGAUCUGAGAGGAAUAGGUAUGGGGAUGAGUCCAGGGAAAGCUCCAUUGAGCUCAACUCAUACUCCAUGAACCCUAUAAACCCUGUUUCUCAUCCUCCUCAUGCAUCUAUGAUGGCAACCUACUCCACAACCCAGUACUCUCAGUAUAUGGCAUACCAGAGCAGCCCCUACACCAUCGCCUUCCCUCCAGGGUGGGGUUAUCCCCCUGGUACCAUGCCACCUGGAUUCAUGCCACCUGGAUUCAUGCCACCUGGAUUCAUGCCACCUGGAUUCAUGCCCUCUGGUGCCAUACCGCCUGGUAAAAUGUCCCUCCUACCUAGCCCAUAUUACUCUAAUAGCAUAGCAGCCUUAAACCAGACAUACGCAUACACCCAGCCUGCUAGCAACCUCCAGCUCACAUCUACCCAGCCUGCUAGCAACCUCCAGCUCUCAUCUACCCAGCCUGCCAGCAACCUCCAGCUCACAUCUACCCAGCCUGCCAGCAACCUCCAGCUCACAUCUACCCAGCCUGCUAGCAACCUCCAGCUCUCAUCUACCCAGCCUGCCAGCAACCUCCAGCUCACAUCUACCCAGCCUGCUAGCAACCUCCAGCUCUCAUCUACCCAGCCUGCCAGUAACCUCCAGCUCUCAUCUACCCAGCCUGCUAGCAACCUCCAGCUCACAUCUACCCAGCCUGCUAGCAACCUCCAGCUCACAUCUACCCAGCCUGCUAGCAACCUCCAGCUCUCAUCUACCCAGCCUGCCAGCAACCUCCAGCUCUCAUCUACCCAGCCUGCUAGCAACCUCCAGCUCACAUCUACCCAGCCUGCUAGCAACCUCCAGCUCACAUCUACCCAGCCUGCCAGCAACCUCCAGCUCUCAUCUACCCAGCCUGCCAGCAACCUCCAGCUCUCAUCUACCCAGCCUGCUAGCAACCUCCAGCUCUCAUCUACCCAGCUUGCUAGCAACCUCCAGCUCUCAUCUACCCAGCCUGUCAGCAACCUCCAGCUCUCAUCUACCCAGCCUGCUAGCAACCUCCAGCUCUCAUCUACCCAGCCUGCUAGCAACCUCCAGCUCUCAUCUACACAGCCUGCUAGCAACCUCCAGCUCUCAUCUACCCAGCCUGCCAGCAACCUCCAGCUCUCAUCUACCCAGCCUGCCAGCAACCUCCAGCUCUCAUCUACCCAGCCUGCCAGCAACCUCCAGCUCUCAUCUACCCAGCCUGCCAGCAACCUCCAGCUCUCAUCUACCCAGCCUGCCAGCAACCUCCAGCUCUCAUCUACCCAGCCUGCCAGCAACCUCCAGCUCUCAUCUACCCAGCCUGCCAGCAACCUCCAGCUCUCAUCUACCCAGCCUGCUAGCAACCUCCAGCUCUCAUCUACACAGCCUGCUAGCAACCUCCAGCUCUCAUCUACCCAGCCUGCCAGCAACCUCCAGCUCUCAUCAACCCAGCCUGCCAGCAACCUCCAGCUCUCAUCUACCCAGCCUGCCAGCAACCUCCAGCUCUCAUCUACCCAGCCUGCUUGCAAACUCCAGCUCUCAUCUACCCAGCCUGCUAGCAACCUCCAGCACUCAUCUACCCAGCCUGCUAGCAACCUCCAGCUCUCAUCUACACAGCCUGCUAGCAACCUCCAGCUCUCAUCUACCCAGCCUGCCAGUAACCUCCAGCUCUCAUCUACCCAGCCUGCCAGUAACCUCCAGCUCUCAUCUACCCAGCCUGCUAGCAACCUCCAGCUCUCAUCUACCCAGCCUGCUAGCAACCUCCAGCUCUCAUCUACCCAGCCUGCCAGCACUGCAGCAGUCUUGCCCCUCCUACUUAACCCCCCAAUUUGUCACAAGAAACUAGCUCCCUGGUAUACAGAAAAUACCCGAGCCCUGAAGCAAGUUUGCAGAAAAUUAGAACGGAAAUGGUGCUCCACCAAAUUGGAAGUCUUCCGACUAGCUUGGAAAGACAGUACCAUGCAAUAUCGAAAAGCCCUCACUGCUGCUCGAUCAGCCUACUUGUCCAACCUGACUGAGGAGAAUAAAAACAAUCCAGAAUGUAUUUCUGAUGCUGUCGAAAAGCUAACUAAAAAGCAGCAUUCCCCAAGUGAGGAUGGCCUUCACUUCACUUCAGCAGUGAUGAAUUCAUGAAGUUCUAUGAUGCUUGGCACUCCUAUGUUGAAAAUAAUAAAUGGCUCCCUAUCCUCCGGAUGUGUACCAAACUCACUAAAAGUGGCAGUAAUAAAGUCUCUCCUGAAAAAGCCAAACCUUGAUCCGGAAAAUCUAAAAUAUCGAAUAUCCCAUUCCUCUCAAAUGUUUUAGGAGAAAGUCCCCCUCUGAACCAUGGUCCAUGAAGAAAUCAAAGGGGGGAAACCAAUAUAUUCUUCACAGGUAUAUUCAUGAAGAGUUAUCACAGUCAUCUAAGGAAGUGUCAAUAUAAGUUGAAACGGCUUGUGAAGAGGAGGAAUAAGGCUCACCAGCACAAAAGAAAGCGAUUGCUUGCAGAAGCAGCAGGGAAAGUGGCCCCUCAGGUGGCUGUAAAGGAUUUCACCUUUGAACCGGAGCCCAAGACCCAGAAGGAGUAGCAAUGGGGAGAAACUACAUGCUGACACGGUAGAAUAAGUGGUCCCUCAGGAAGCUAUAUUUGUAAUGAAACUAGCAAAACAUUUGUUAUAGUUUAACCUCAUCCUUAAAUGCUUAAUGUUGAAGCUAUUUUCAGUAUAAUGUUUUUGUAUUGUGUGUUUAUGUGGUAUGGGUAGGGCCAAGAGUUUUUAUUGACUAUGAUAUCUGCUCAGCAUAUGCAUUUUCACCUCCUUUUAUAAACCAACUAAUAAGGGCGUGGAGUUUACUUGGUCUGGUCAUGUGGUCAGGAAAACUCCUGGCCCUGGGCAUAGUACAUGUGUAUCAAUGUGAUGAAAAGACCAUUGAAGGCGUCAUGUUUAUAAGUUCUCGUGCAUGAUAGCUAAAAGCAAGAAAACUGCCCAUGGUUCACUCCCCAGUCCAGUCUAUAGAUCAUCUUUCAUUUGUAUAUAUUUAAUUGAAUAAAAUAUGUAUAAUAUUGUAA